UUGUUUUUUUUUUUACAUUUUUUUGCACUUUAAAAAUGCAUUUGAUUUCCUUAAUGUACAUUAAGUAGAAACUCGGCUUUAAGAAAAAAAAAAACCUGACUUGUUUUUCCUUACUCUGCGUAUGAUUUGCUUUAACAAAUAAACAUCUGAUGGGAAUUCGUUUUUUUUUUUUUGUUUUUUUUUUUGCACCCGUUGUUCUGGCUUGUCGUCCCCAGGGAAUUUGAAUUUGAUCCGCUUCGCCAGCUUCGGAUACGAAUAUUUCAUUGCGAUUUCUUCUCUGCCACAUCGUGAGCAUAGGAAAGAAGCGCUUCAGUGAAUAUACGACUGAAAUCCUGAUCUGUCAAAUUACGGGUACUUUUCAGAAGAUUAACGAAAAGAGUGUUUCGUUUUCUUCCGGAGAAUCUGAAUAUUAGACUGCCAAAGCUAAGCCUGGGGUAGUUGAGAUUAAAAGAAUAACGAGAGAGAAGGAACAGGAAACGCAAGAAGAGAACCAUUUGAUGGAAGAAAAGAAAAAGAAAAAGCAAGAAGAAAAGAAAAAGAAGGAAGCGGCUCACAGAAAGGCUGCGGAACAGAAAACCAAAGUGCCAGUAUCUGCCAAGCUCAGCCCCAGCUCUCCCCACCCUGCCAAUCCCAGCGUGACUCCUCCCAUCCCCACGGUUAGCAGCAGUGGCAAUGGCAAGCGAGCUCCUCCCAGCGCCCAGCAGCAGCAGCAGCAGCAGCCGCCGCCGGCAGCCCCGCGCUUCCCUCCCCGCGAGGUCCCCCCACGCUUCCGCCAGCAGGAGCACAAGCAGCUACUGAAGAGGGGACAGCCACUGCCAGCAGGGACUCUCGCCACCACGGGACAGCCAGGGGCCAGCUCGCCCCCUCAGACCCCCGCCAGCCCCAGCAAGCAGCACACAGAGUUGCCACACCAGAGUGGCCUGGGAACCCAGUAUGAGAAUCUCCACUGGGGACACCAGCCCAGCAACCGCAUCUGGGAUCAAGUAAUCAUCGACCAGAGUGACACGGAGGCGUGGCCUUCCAUUUCCUACAGCGAGAGCCACGCCGCUCCAGAAUGCACCACAGAUAUUGACUGUACUACAGAGAUAAGCAGCAGCAACAUGAGCAUAGCCACGGGGGCCGGGCAGCAAAGCCACUUCUCGGCCCACCACCCCAGCAGUAAAAACAGCAGCAACCACUCUGAAAACAUGGUUUCCAACCAGGGCGGAGCCAGUCGGGGCUGGGGCGCUGGGCCCACCCACUGCCCCUCUGCCAUUAGCAGCGAGGGGAAGACAGACAGCAUGCCAAUGGGAGGGAGGGGUCAACCCUGCUGGGGGUCCUCCAACUUUAACUUGAACCUGAACCCUAACGCCAACCCGGCUGCGUGGCCAGUACUGGGGCAUGAAGGGGCUGGAAUGGGGGGCGGUGGCCCAGGAGGCAACAACCCCCCUCCUCCCCUAAACCUCUGCAGCCCAGCUAGUGCCCCGUCAGUACAGGAAAGGGGCGGGAGUAUGGGCAGCACCAAUGGGAACCCUGUAGGGGGCAGUGGCAACAGUGCCUGGGGGAGCAUACUUCCGCCAGACCCAACAGAGUCACGACACUCACCGUCCACGAAUGUGUCUUUCAGCGUCGAACCUCAAAACCUUAACACUGAUGGACCAAAUAACACUAAACAGCAGUCCCUCAGCCCCAUCCACGGCCUGCCAAGCUGGGGUUCUGUCCCUGUGGACAUGGGGCCUCUUGUGCAACCACAGGUCAAUGGAGAGGGGGGCUCAGUGUGGGGUAAUGGAGACGCCAAGCCAACAGGUUCCAAGGAUUCAGCUUGGGAUUCUGGGCCACCCAGUGGCCCUGGAAUUCUGACGCCUUGGGGCCAAGGCGGCAGUAAUGCAGGGGCCUGGGGCCGAUCGGCCUGCAGUGGAGGUGGAGACUGGGGCAAGCAUUCCAGCGAGGCCAAAGGGUGGGAGACAUCAGACUCCCCCCGGCAGGAGCAGUCCGUUUCCUGGUCCAACACCCCCGCCAGCGAAGGAAGCAACGACAGCCUUGAAGGGAGAUCCCGCAGGAUGGAGAGGCCACAUGGGGAGCUCGAUGCUCCCCCUUCCCUGCCUAGGCAAGACCUGGACCCACGGGUGCUGUCCAACACCGGCUGGGGCCAGACCCCUGUCAGGCAGCACACAGCCUGGGAGCUGGAGGAGAUGGCACGGUCUGAUCGCAAGAACGACACGGGGGCCGACUCCUGGAGCACAGGGUCAUCUUCAUCAUCCUCGUCCGGCCCCCCACCAGCGCCUGCAACCGUCAGCGCGAACCCUGCUGCUGCUCACAUGUCUAACUCAGGUGGGAAGGGUAAAGGGUCCAGUUCCAAUACCUCGGCAGCUCCGGGCUGGGGAAACCCUGCCCUGGUGAUAGCCACACCAGCCUCCAGCCAGCCCAGCUCCAGCUGGGGUGAGGCCCUCAGCAAGAAAGCACCCAGCGGGCCUGGAGGAUGUGCAGGGAGCUCCAACUCUACUGGACCCAAAGGUGGGAUGUCCUGGGAUCAGGAGGAGAAGUCUCCCAGCUGGGAUGACCCACCUGCCAAACCCAAACCUCAGAGCUGGGGCGAGGGACCCAAGCCUGGACAUGGCUGGGGUACAGGGACGAGUGGGGGAGGGGAUUGGGGGGAGCCCAGGGAGGAGAAGAAGAACGAUGUGACUGCAGCCUCUUGGGAAGAGAACCCCCGGAAUGCUGGGUGGGGAAAGCCAGGACAAGGAGCAGGAGCAGGAGCCGGGGUUGGGGGAGGUUGGAUGGAAACACAGAGGCCCAGUGCUCCGGUGCAAGGAUGGGGAGGCAAGCCCCAGGACAGUAGUAAUAGCAACGUAGAGUCCUGGGGGGGAGCAGGCACAGUGAAGCAGUGCGGAACGGGCUGGGGGGGGGGAGGGGGAGGAGGAGGAGGACGAGUGGGAGGGGGGGGUGGGAGCAAGCAAGAGCAAGGGAGCGAACCUACGGGUUGGGAAGAGCCCUCCCCUCCCUCCAUGCGCCGCAAGAUGGAGAUCGACGACGGUACCUCGGCUUGGGGAGACCCGAGCACCUACAACAAGACUGUCAACUUGUGGGACAAAAACAACCCUGUGAUUCAGAGCAGCCCUGGCAACGCUGCUGCCAGCAACAACCACGGCAACGCUGCUGCCAGCAACAACCACGGCAACGCUGCUGCCAGCAACAACCACGGCAACGCUGCUGCCAGCAACAACCACGGCAACGCUGCUGCCAGCAACAACCAUGGCAAGCAUGCUGCCAGCAACAGCAUCCACCACCAUCACCACAGCAGCCACGCCCAGAACCACAGCCAUGCCCAGAGCCAUUCCCAAAGCCACAGCCAGACCCAGAGCCACAACCACACCCCGGGCCACAGCCAGAGCCACACCCAGAACCACAGCCACACACCCAGCAACACCCACAACAGCCCGCAUGAGCAAACCACACCUCAUCAACCAAGUGCCCCCCAGAACAGAUCUGUACUCGCUGGGCCAGGAUGGGGAGACUUGCCCAGCGCUCGGCCGAAACCCGAGCCCUCGUGGGGGGAGCCCGUCUCCCCGGCAACAGCGGUGGAUAACGGGACCUCGGCCUGGGGGAAGCCCCCUGGCAGCUGUGGGGGGUGGGGGGACAACCCCUCCGAUCCGUCGGGGCCCUACGGCAGGGUGAACCCCCCCUCAGGACCGGCCCCCUGCAAGCCAGCCUCCAAAUCUAUGCAAGAUGGUUGGGGAGGCAGUCCGGACGAGCUGGGCGGUUGGGAUCGGGAGGAGGGGGAUGUGUGGAACAGCGCUACUUCCCAGGAGAGCAACUCGCCCUGCAGCUCCUGGGGGAACCUCCCCAAGAAGGGACCGCAAAAGGUCAUCAAGGUCCCCAGCAAGCAGGACGAGGCCUGGAUCCUGAGCCGGCUGAUCAAACAGCUCACAGACAUGGGCUUCCCGCGGGAGCCGGCUGAGGAAGCCCUGAAGAGCAACAGCAUGAACCUGGACCAGGCAAUGAGCGCCCUGCUGGAAAAGAAGAGCGAGCUGGACAGGCGGGGGAUGGGAAUGUGCGACUACAACGGCCUGCUGUCCAAACCGCUGGGCUGCCGCCCCCCCGCAAUCUCCAAAGAGUCUUCCUCAGACCGCUCCCCUUUCCUCGAUAAGGACGGCGGCCUAGUGGAAGACGCCCCAGCCUCACCGUUUUUGCCUUCUCCGAGCCUGAAGCUCCCGCUCUCCAGCAGUGCCCUGCCCAACCAGGCCCUGGGCGGGGUCCCCUCGGGGCUGGCCAUGCAAAACAUGAACAACAGACAGAUGCAGAGCAGCAUGUUUGGCAAUAGCGGAGCAGCACAAUUCAGGGCCAUGCAGCAGCAGCAGCAGCCAGCAGUGCCGCCUCUCAACUCCUCCCAGCCUAGUGUUCGCGCUCAAGUGCCUCAGUUUCUCUCCCCUCAGGUUCAAGCACAGCUCUUGCAGUUUGCAGCAAAAAACAUUGGUCUGAACCCUGCACUUUUAACCUCACCAAUGAACCCUCAGCACAUGACCCUGUUGAACCAGCUCUACCAACUGCAGCUGUCGUACCAGCGUUUACAAAUCCAGCAGCAGAUGUUGCAGGCUCAGCGCAGUGUUUCCGGUCCCAUGAGACAGCAAGAGCAGCAGGUCGCACGUACAAUCAAUAACAUGCAGCAGCAAAUCCAACAGCACCAGCGACAGCUGGCCCAGGCCCUUCUCAUGAAGCAGCAGCCUCCACCUCAUCCUGGCAUGCACCCUGGUACAGGAAAAUCAGCCCUGGAUAGCUUUCCACCCCACCUCCAGGCUCCGGGCCUACCUGACCUGCAGACCAAAGAGCAGCAGUGUUCCCCGAACUCCUUCUCCCCUCACCCACUCUCUGGACUGAAUCCAAACAUGAAUGUAAACAGCAUGGACGUGGGUAGCGGACUGUCCAUGAAGGACUCCUCUCAGUCUCAGUCCCGUCUCCCGCAGUGGACACACCCCAAUUCCAUGGAGAACCUCUCUGGCACUUCCUCUCCUCUGGAGCAGAACCUCAGCAAGCACGGUGCUAUCCCUGCAGGUCCCAGCAUCGGCCCCCCAGGGAAGUCCCCCAUGGAUGACUCCUACAGCCCCUACAAUCUAAUCCCCAGCAGCGAGUCUCCGGCCAGUCCACUAGUAGCCCCAGACAACUGGACACAGGCCAAAUCCGCUAAUGACAAAAUCUGCAACGGCACCAACAUCAGCUGGCCACCAGAGUUCUGUCCUGGCGUUCCCUGGAAAGGACUGCAGAAUAUUGACCCUGAAACUGACCCCAAUGUGACCCCAGGAAGUGUUCCCAGCGGCCCCACCAUCAACACCAAUAUCCAGGAUGUAAACCGCUACCUGCUCAGGGACAGGAGUGGAGGCUCAUCCCCCACAUCAUCUCAGAAUACCACGCUGCCUUCACCGAGUGCCUGGCCUGUCAGUGCCUACACUAGCUCUUUCAGUAUGUGUGAGUCUGCAACCAACACUGCAGGUAAACUAUCAGACAUGAAGUCGACCUGGUCCCCUGGCCCCAUCUCUCACCCCCAGGCCUCCCUGUCCCAUGAGCUCUGGAAGGUGCCACAAGGCCCCCGAAACCCUUCUGCUCCCACGCGGCCCCCCCCAGGACUCACCAACACCAAACCAUCAUCCACCUGGGGGGGCAACUCACUGGGCUUGACGCCAGGCUGGAGCAGCUCCUACACCUCCGGGACCACCUGGAGCACUGACAGCUCAGCAAGAACGAGCAGCUGGCUGGUUCUGCGCAAUCUCACCCCCCAGAUUGACGGCUCGACUCUGCGGACGUUGUGCAUGCAGCACGGCCCUCUCCUUACAUUCCACCUGAACCUGACUCAAGGGAACGCCGUUGUCCGCUACAGCUCCAAGGAGGAGGCAGCCAAAGCACAGAAAUCCUUGCACAUGUGCGUUCUGGGUAACACUACCAUCCUGGCAGAGUUCGCCGGGGAGGAGGACGUGAACCGCUUCUUUGCACAGGGUCAAUCUCUGACCCCCACCACCAGCUGGCAGGCCCAUCCGGGCACCAAUCAAACGCGUUUGGGAGGGGCGGGGCACUGGAACAGCGGCGGAGGGAAGGGGGGCAGCGAGCUGCUGUGGGGAGGGGUCCCCCAGUAUUCCAGUCUCUGGGGACCCCCUGGAGGGGAGGACUCCAGGGGGAUCGGGAGCCCCACCCCCAUCAACACACUGCUUCCGGGAGACUUGCUGAGUGGAGAGACCAUGUAGGGAUGGAAAGCUAGCCAAGCAAAUCACAUGGAGAUAAUCCGUGGAUGAGAAAGGAACCAUUGCUCCGACUCGCCAAUGGAAACAAACGGAAUGUGGCGGGCUGGAGGCUGCUGACUUCCUUUUUUCAUUUUAUAAGUAUUCAAAACUAUUUAAGAAGAGUGGAAAAAAUACAUAAAAAAGGAAAGAAAACAUUUUAAUGACGUAUUUCUACUAAUUCUGACAUUCAGUUUGAAUUGUGUUUUCAGGAGAACUGAUAAAACAAGCUGCCAUUUUGACCUUUCCCUCUAGCCCCUCCCCAUCAUGACCCCACCCCUUCAAGCCCCUCCCCUCAAUACUCCAUCAUUCUGAGCACGCCCAGUAGGAAUGGUUCACGUACUGUCUUCAGCACUAAUAUUAGCCUUAACUGCUCUCCAGCCCAGUUCCUCAUUUUUGUUUUUUUGUUUGUUUUUUUAAUUUUGAAGAAAAUCAUUGAUUCAGUUGUACAGUCCCAUUCUGAGUCAGCACAUGGAACAGAGAACAAGUUUUAACAACAGUGAUGCUAAGAUUUCUGUUACUUCGCGACUUGAGGGUCUGUAUACCUAUCGCAAAAUAAGCUGCAAGAAAUGUAAUCAAAAACGGUGUCUUAUGUGUAAUGGGUGGGAUGUGUGUGGAUCCAUAUGUACCACUGUCUACCCAUUUAUGGGAAACACAUCUGAAAGCUCUGCAUUGGCGUGUUGGCCUUGUUCUCUCAACGCUGUCACAUGACCUACAUCUUCAGGGGACGUGCAGCAGCAUCUUCAUUUCCAGACUCUUCCGUCCGCAGCUUUCCUGGGCAGACGCUGCUUUCUGUGCUGCCAUCACCGCACACAGGGUUUUUGAGACACUCCGGUGGACUGCGAGGCAGGAGUUUAGUCACAUGACCACCCGCUGCCCGUCCUCUCCCCCUCCCUGACUGCAGUGUUGGUCACAUGACCACCCGCUGCCCAUCCUCUCCCCCUCCCUGACUGCUGUCCUGGCCACAUGACCACCAGCUGCCCGUCCUGGUCACAUGACCACCAGCUGCCCAUCCUCUCCCCCUCCUUGACUGCUGUCCUGGCCACAUGACCACCACCUGCCCGUCCUCCCUGACUGCUUUUAGUGUGAAACUUUCUACUGGACUGGCUGCUCAGCAGCUUUGGGAGUGGGAACAGUAAUCCGCCGUCAAACCAAAUCGAGGGUGUUUCUUAUAAAGGUGUAGGCAAGAGUGCAUAUAUAUUGCUUACGUACAAAUGUGUAAAUUGAGACUUUGUUCAACCUUUUCAGUUGAUUAUAGCACUUACAAGAGCAAGACACUCUUACUCUGCGAUGCCAGUGAGUCUAAAAACAAGCAGUGCUGUAAACCGUGAAAGAACCACUCUAGCGGAUCAAGCUGCUGAACAGAACGACUCCAGCGGAUCAAGCUACUGAACAGAACGACUCCAGCGGAUCAAGCUGCUGAACAGAACGACUCCAGCGGAUCAAGCUGCUGAACAGAACGACUCCAGCGGAUCAAGCUGCUGAACAGAACGACUCCAGCGGAUCAAGCUGCUGAACAGAACGACUCCAGCGGAUCAAGCUGCUGGUUCCACUGUGUUUUCUGUGCACUCUGUUGGUUUGAAACUACUUGUAGAAGAUUAUUGCAGAAUAUGUUUUUAAAAUAUCAAAGUAAAUACCACUGUUACAUCAAAGAUUUGGACUCCUUUGAGAUGCUGCACUUGUAACGUUACACAGAAGAUCAAGUCCCUGUGACUCUACCUUGUACUGUAACAGCUGGUCAUCGGGUGCCUGUCUGCUGUGAAGCCUCUCUGAAAAUUCACUUUGAUUAGUGGCACUCCCGCUCAAAGCAUUUGGCUGCCAUUCUGUGUAGUGAGGCUGAUCUGGGUUCAGCGAGGCUGCCAGUCCCAGCUCAAGAUCAGUAAAGUUUCCAUUGCUCACUUCACUUUAACGAUCAAUUAUAACAGGCUCCAGUGUUUUAUAGAUGAGUUCAGUGUAUUCAGUGUUUGCAGCUCAUUGGCUCCUCACAACAGUACUAAUCAGGGUGUUUAGCAGUGUGCUGUACCUGCUCGAUCUCAUGGGACUAUAGUGUUAAGCAUGACCUAGUGCUGGAGUGACAUCUCCUGGUUCCAGUGAGGCAGGGCAUUCAGGAAUCCCAGGGCUCUGAUUGGUGGGCCAAACUGCCUUACAGAGCUGCACCUCCAGUGAAGAUUACUAGGCUCGAUAUCCAGAUCAGCAAAGUGGUCUUCACUGGUUAUCAGCACUGCAGCCUCCCGGACAGUGGGGGGCUAAAGCAGGGCCACCAGAAAUGAAACAGAGGCUGACCUUUAUAUAUCUAGCUGGUGCUUUUACAACGUUUUGAAAACAUUAAGGAUUUGGCCCAAGACAGACAUUCUCAGUUAAACCGACACAAGCCUCUGUUUCUAUGCAUUGGAGUUAGUGUGGACAGCACCACCCCCCUGUGAUCAUGUGCCAAUACCAGCUGCUUUGAGGAGACACUGUUACUCAAGGAUGCUGGACACGCUUGUGCAUACUCAUCUCUUAUGUGAAAGUGGUAAAGCUGGGGUAGAAACUUGAAAAAAAAAACUGUUGUUAACUAAUGUGGUAUUAGAUAGGUGGGGUCCGCACCAUCAUUUACUUUAGAAAGAGAUCCCAGGGGACAGAUAGUCCGUUUCCAAGUGCUUGGCAAGCAGUGGUAAAUACAGCUUCCUGUUUUCAUGCUCGUCUAGUUAAAUGAUCUUUGCACAAAUACACUUGGAGCCACGCUGCAGGCGAGUGGAGGCAGGAAGCAGCAUCCAUUCCAUUCCAGUGCUGGGAGGCAGUGAGGCCCAUUGAUUAGAGUCAAGCAGGCAGAAUGUUUCAUUGGUUGAUGGCAAGGUUGUUAAAACAAAGCUAGAGUGAUAGCUGGGAACUAUUCAUGGCAAGGGGAAGGAGUGAUCAGAGUUGUGAAGAUGACUUUGAUAACCUUCUCAUUCUCUACAAUAAGAACGCACUGUUGUAGGCGGGCUAGCCGAGUACAUAUUUUCUUUAUACCAAAAAGAUUGUUUUCAUUUUGAAGUUUGGUGUUUGGGCUCUGCCAUUGCUGGAAGGGGGUCCUAAGCCUGUCCUUCCCUAAGCAGUGUCAGUGAGCCCGCAUGAGCCAGCAUGCAGAGUCCGAGAUGCCCUUGGGAACUGUAUUAACUAUAUUAUUCUGUCCCUAGGGUAACGCAGCACUUACCUCAACUGCAGUGUUCUGCAAGUUGCAUUUAGAAAUGUCUGUUUUAAAGACGCUGUACUCCCUGCCCUGCCCAGGACUUCUCCAAGUGUCAGGCUUUUGAAGCUUUCCUUGAUGUAAUGACUGCACCAGCAAUGAUAACCUGUCACAGUCGCACGUCACAUCCAUUAAGGAUUGCAGUUCUGAAAGAACAGGUGUGUGAUGAUGCAGCAGGAGUUUGAUAUGUUGAGUGCAUGACCCCCAGACUCAGUGGGGUUCUUCACCAGCAGUAGUUUGGUAUGUUGAGUGCAUUACCCCAAGACAUUAAGAACCUCAUCUUUCUUUUUAAGGGCCUGGGUUGAAUAUGCAUGUGCUGAUUAUUAUUAUUAUUAUUAUUAUUAUUAUUAUUAUUAUUAUUAUUAUUAUUAUUAUUAUCAUCAUACAACUCCCCCUUCCUUUCCCCCCAAAAAACUAAAAAAAAUCAUAAACAUAUCAAAACAAAACAAAAAAAUACAAAUACUUGAAUCAAAAAUGAAACGCCAAUAAUGUAAUGUGAACACUUUUUGUAAUGAUCUUGUCACUCGUAUACUUCCGAGCUUUUGACACACCAGUUCAAAGGGGGGUAAAAAAAUUAAUCUGUUUGUGAGUGUUUGCACAGAAGUGAGUGAGAGAGAGAAGAAGCGUGUGAGUGUGUGUGAGAGAGAGCGCCUGUGGCAAGACACCAGUAUGAGUGUGCCAGGGUGGGUGAAUGUGUUUGUGUUCUUAUUCAGCAUAUGCUUUUAUUUGCUUGUUUGUAAAGAAACGCAGUGAUGGAUAUUGUUAUUCUUGUCAUUAGCACUGUGUCUGCUGCCCCUCAGUCGGCGAUCGUUAAGUACAGAGGGGACUCAAUGACACUUCAUGUGGAAAUGUUUACUCAAGGACUUAACCAAUCUGUAAAUGUUUAUCUACCUUACAGUGGCUUUUAUUGUGGAAACGGAUUAGAAUAAGAGUAUUGCACCAUUUAAUUUCUUUUUUUGGAUUAUAAAAAUAAAAAAUAAAAAAAAUAAAAAAUUCUUAUAAAAAAGACAAAAAAAAAAGGAUUUUUGAAGAACUGUGGCCAUAGCAUGUCCUUCGAGAAGGAGGAAGGCUCUCUGUGUUGGACAGCAGAGUGAGGCAGGGAGGCAGGACUCGGGUUCCAGAAUGAGACUCAUUUCAGAGGUGCCUACUUUUUUUUUUUUUUUUGGAAGGCCACCUACAGUUUACAAACAUUUAGUUUUUCUGAACUUCACAGAAAAUUUAUUACAGGAGCGUUUGGAAAACAAAAAGGACAGAUACUCUUCCAAGAAAAUGAAAAAUGAACUUGUUUUCAGAAUGAAGAUUCUGCUACUUUCAGAACUCUGGGAUUGAACAGUGUUGUUGUGUACUAGUUCACUUUGAUUUUGAUCGUGUUGUGUUCUAGUUCAUUUUGAUUUGAUUUGAUCGUGGUGUUGCGUGCUGUUUCACUUUGAUUUGAUUGUGUUGUUGCUAUUGAUGUUAUUGAUGUUACUGAUUUACGGACUAUCGAGCCUGUAUGUUUUAAUUGUUAUGUUAUUUUCCUUUGUAAAAGAAAACAUAACUUGCUCAUUAUCUUGCACACAAAUAAAACGUGGACGAUGUCUCAGGAAGGCUAGGGUUCCAGAGUACCAACUCCACGCCAUUUUAAUGUACAUUUUUAUGAAAAGAAGAACAACAUAAUAAAAAAAACCCAACUCCAAGCACUGAAGGUUAUGGAUUUUAAAAUACCAUUGUUUCUGAAUCCGUAGCAGUUACAUAUUUACCAAAUAAUGGACUCGAAAUGAACUUUUAAACAAAUUGAGGAGUACUUUAUAUAUAAAUCUAUAUAUUAAAAUAAUUGCUUUACAUUUUAAACAAAAUGCUCAAUGCUAUUUGAUUGUUUUUAAAGGACAGUGAACUAACAUACCAUGGCUGUAUGUUUUAAACUGUUGUAUUUUCUUACACAGAGGUCCCUUGCCUGCUUGAUCAGGAACAUUGUGCUUUACUUUUCUUUCUCUCUGUCUGUCUCGUAGUGUGCCGGGUAAUAAAGAAUACUUUAUGAAAAGCUGGGUUUCUGCAACACAUUUGACAAAGCUGGUUUUAAAUGGAUCGUGAACUAUGCACAAACUGGGGUUGAAGGCCUGCACUGUUCCUUAUUUAUCUCUCUUCAUUUAGGGUUGUGUUCAAGACUCUUGUUUCUGCUCAGAAGCUGUUUCAUUCUCCUCCCCCUCACCCUCUCUGCUCAGAAGCUGUUUCAUUCUCCUCUCCCUCUCUGCUCAAGCUGUUCCGUUCUCCUCCCCCUCUCCCUCUCUGCUCAAGCUGUUCCAUUCUCCUCCUCUUCUCCCUCUGCUCAGAAGCUGUUCCGUUCUCCUCCCCCUCUCCCUCACAUCAAGUUGAAUCUUGCAUCACAUCGCCGUGCUGUAUAUUUCCAAACCAAUGACGAUUUCUCAGACUGUAACGGUGUGUGUGGGGGGGGUUGAGGACGGCCCAGCAGUUUGGAGGGCUGUGUGUUAUUUAUCGGUUUGAGGGGGGAGGUCUUUUUUGCCUUUUAUUUUAAAAUGUACAAAUGUCUGUACUAUGAGAUUUAAAAAAAAAAAAAAAAAAAAGAGAGAGAAAAAGUGUGGCUUUUAAUGUGUUUUUUUUCUCUUCUAGAAUGUGAUUGUUAAAAAUGUGCACUGAAAACGUGUUUUCAUGAACUAUGGCGCUUCUUUCAAACUAUUAAUAAACUGCAGCUUUUUCUUGGAUGUUGAAAAACAAUGCAAAUAAUUCAAAUGGCAUGCAGGCUGCUGUUACGGUAUUUAAGCAUGUUACGAAACGUGUGCUGUAUCUUGCUUUGACGUUGUUUUAUCCAUUUAUACGUUUUAUCAUCACCCAAUUAUCCAGCUGUCCAUCUUGUACUGUCCUCACUGACCGUAUAAGAUGGGCGCUGUUGCUUCUUGGCUGAAAAUGAGAGUUUUACCAAGCGGUAAGUCGAUGCUCACAAACACGAAUACACAAACCCACAUGAGGCACUGCUGUCGGUUCUCUGAAAGAUGGACAAAACCACAAGCAAUUCAUUUCCUGUGCUCCAUCUGACCACAGGCAAAGUGAAAUGGAACAUUUCUGAAGACAUUGCCAGAAACUUCUUGCAGCCUGCUUGUUAAAAGCAUGACGUGACUUGCCACAGUGCUUCAGGCAACUGUUUAUUUAGUGUUGUAAAACUAUUGAGCAUUGACUUGGAGGUAGCAAACAAAAACAAGCAUUCAGUCUGAUGAGCAGUGCAGCAGUGUGGAGUAGUAGUUAGGGGCUCUGGACUCUUGACCGGAGGGUCGUGGGUUCAAUCCCAGGUGGAGGACACUGCUGCUGUACCCUUGAGCAAGGUACUUUACCUAGAUUGCUCCAGUAAAAACCCAAUUGUAUAAAUGGGUAAUUGUAUGUAAAAAAUAAUGUGAUAUCUUGUAACAAUUGUAAGUCAUUCUGGAUAGGGGCGUCUGCUAAUAAAUAAAUAAUAAUGAUGCUUUAACAUGAAGCUCUACACAUUGAGAGGUAGAUGUACGAAGAUGGGCCAGUCGCAGCACAAGCAUAGCGCAACUUGUAUUUCUGUUGCAGCUAUAAGCAAAGUAUACAUUUUGUCGUAUGUACUAAGAGGAACUAUGUUUAUAAAGAGAGCUGCAAUCUA